UUCACUUCUCCUACGAUUAUCUUCCAUCUAUCUAACCCAUUGGCCCUCGAGUUAGCUGUGCAUGUUAGCCUGACCACCACCACCACCUCCAUUAACGCCAGCACCAUACCUUCAACAAAACAAUGUCAAUGCUGGCCAAGACCGAUUCCGAGGUGAGCAGCCUGUCCCAGUCGUCUCCUGCGAGGUCCCCUCGGCGGCCUGUCUACUACGUCCAGAGCCCUUCCAGGGACUCCCAUGAUGAGAAGACGACCAACUCCUUCCACUCCAGCCCAGUGCUCAGCCCCAUGGGUUCCCCUCCCCACUCCCACUCCAACUCCUCUCUCGGCCCCCACUCUCGGGACUCCUCCUCCACUCGCUUCUCCGCCUCCCUCAAGCCCGGCUCUCGCUCCAAGAACCACAGCUCCCAAAGGAAGGGUUGGAAGGCCUGGAAGGAGUUCGAUGCCAUUGAAGAAGAAGGCCUUCUUAACGAUGAUGAUGGGAACCCACAUGGCCUCACUCGCCGCUGCUACUUUCUCGCUUUCGUUGUCUGCUUCUUUGUGCUUUUCUCUUUCUUUUCUUUGAUCCUCUGGGGUGCAAGCCGUCCCCAGAAACCCGUUAUUACCAUGAAGAGCAUUUUAUUCGACCAGUUUGUGAUUCAAGCGGGUGCAGAUUUCUCAGGAGUAGCCACGAACAUGGUGUCCAUGAAUUCCACAGUGAAGCUUACAUUUCGAAACACAGCAUCAUUUUUCGGGGUCCAUGUCGCGUCAAUGCCUUUAGAUCUCUCCUAUUCUCAACUCACUGUAGCCUCUGGAACCGUACAUAAGUUUUAUCAAUCAAGAAAGAGUCAGAGAUCAGUAUCUGUGAUCCUGAAAGGAAGCAAUAUCCCAUUGUAUGGAGGGGGAGCAAGCUUGAGCAGCUUGAAUGGUGCACCAAUUGAGCCAGUGCCACUGACUUUGAAGUUCCUGGUUCGAUCGAAAGCGUAUGUUUUGGGUAAACUGGUGAAGCCCAGGUUCUACAAGAGGGUUGAGUGCUCAGUUAUAAUGGAUCCAAAGAAAAUGAGCAAGGCCAUUUCGCUCAAGAACAAGUGCACUCACCAGUGAAGGAAAAAUAAUACCACAGAUGCAUAUAUUGGUAUAUUGGUCAUGUAUUUUUUUUUUUUUU